AUGAUAGGGGGGGGACUGUCUCUCUUGGGUUCGGCUUUGUAUGAUACAUAUACAGUAGGUUUGACUGUAGACUUCUCUAUAGUUAGUGAAAUAGAUACAGACAACAGCAGCAGCAGCAGCAGCAGCAGCAGCAGCAGCAGCAGCAGCAGCAGUAAGGUGCAGGAAAGGCCGAUUGAAGGGUAUAUGGCCCAGAAAAAACAAAGACACGCAGCUUAUACUACCCUCACACAGCAACAGCAGCAGCAGCAGCAGCAGCAGCAGCAGCAACAGCAGCAGCAGGAGGAGGAGGAGGGGGAGCAGCAACGGCAACAGCAGCAGCAGCAGGAGAAGGAGCAGCAACAGCAACAGCAGCAGCAGCAGGGGUAUGCAGAGCCUUCAGAUAGAUACUAA